GAUCGACACCGCAUAGAGCAACAAGCAAGCAGACAACUGCAGGCGACCCAAAGCACACCUUGCUUGUGCUUUCUCCCCUGAGACGACUCACAGCUCUGUCCUGAGCUACAUACCACAAUCGAACAAACAUGGCAUUCCGACAGCCGCUGCAGCAGCGGCGUCAGGUGCAGCGACCAGCAUCCAUUCCGCAGUCUCUCGUGGCCCGCGACGCCACACUUCACGGACGUGUGGAUGAGUCGCAGGAGUGGAUUCUCUUCUCACCUCAACUCGAACACGAGCCAUCGUGGACCUCACAUACAUCACAAACAUCCCACAUCCAACAAGUACGUGGUUUCUCCGACUUUGGAUCUCUGGAAACUGGUGACCGCUCGAAUCAGAUACAAAGCAACAACGACGAUGGAGAUGUCACCUGCCAGGGUACUGAGAUCGAAGAUGAAGAUGAGGAAGAGCUGGACAGUCUAGAUGACGGUCUACAUGCCUUUCACCCACCAUUCUCCCUCGAUCAGAGUGGAGGUGCCGUGCUGCCCAACCAUGAUGGCAUGGGCUCCUUCCCCGCACUAUACCACAACAACGACAACGUUCAAGAACAUCUAUGGCAGUUUGAGAGAUACAAUCCGACAAACCGUCGUCGAGCCCAACGAAGACGUAGCAGUGUACAACGAAGGUUUGAUGCACUAGAAGAACAGGAAACGGACAAACAGGAGGAGAGACGGUUACGAAUCGAGAGAUGGCGCUUGGAGCAGAGUCGUGCUGUGCUGGAGGAGAUCGAGAAGGAGACUCGCAGACGAAGGCGAAGACUAUCAAUUGCCUCGCGCGCUACUUCGACUGCCGCACCAGCCACAAAUACCGAAACGGAAUCAUUCUGGCAGCGUGUCACCCGUAGAGUCAUCAAGGAUCUGAUGGGUCUGGACGACACUACUCUAUCAGUCAUCUUCGGCGAAGAACUUGCACCGGCCGCUCAAACGACUCCCACUCAGCAAUCUCCUCUUGCGGAUGUCUUCUCAGCACAUCAAGAUCGGGUAUGGGAGAACAGGCUUCUCAAUCGCAUCGCAAAAGAGCUUGGUAUACUUGCCAACCAACUCGCCGAUCAUGAUCGACAGGAUCGCACCUUCAGCACAUAUCCCUCCUAUCAGGUAGACCAACCUACUACACAGACACAACCACGCCAGAUCCCGCCAUCUAAUCCGACAAUACCCUCAGUAGACGCCCCUGACUCUAACAUUGCGCCUCCUCUCUUCGCUCCUACUUUCGCAAACCCUCCUGUAUCUCCUGCAGUCGAAGCAGACACGUCGCUCUGGGGCAUCCCAGAACAACCGCAAGACACUACCGAAGAACAAAUAUCCUCCCAUGAUGAAGACCAAGAUACCGAAUACUGGGAGCGCGACCUAGAUAUCGGAGUAGUAUUCCGAUACCUCCGCAGCCGCUUCUCAUCACGACCACCAUCACCAACUCCUCCAGAACCACAGUCACGAUUACAACAAUCUUCACAGAGCAUAUUACCAGCAGAUUGGGCAUCUCCCGAUAAUGCUGCCGUCACGGCUUCUGCUUUAGGCACAUCUCCUGAGUCACGACGUCGCGCAGAUCUCAUCAGGCGACAUCAUCCGCUAGUCUCGCAUGCUGCUUCUGUAUCGGCACAGCGUAGACGGGAGAGUGUGCUAUUACAUACACUUAUGCAUCGUCGGGCACAGAGCAGCAGCUGUGCCAGUCAAAGCACAAAGCGUACGCGAUCAGGAGGCUCGCGCCGCUAUUGGGAUUUCCCAAGCAGUACUGGCAGUGUAGUCAGUGUAGGCAGUACUGGCGAUGGGGUUUUAGGUGGUUGGGGCGAGGUCUGAAAGCAUUGAUGCAUAUCAAGGCGUAUCCAAGGCGGGACCUGGCGUCGCAUGUAUUUUCUGAUUGAUGGAGUUGGGUUUCUAUGGUCACGCAUAUGAUGUUUGUUUUCUGCUUGAUUGCAUUAUCGUUUCCUCUUCUCUCCUCCCUAGCCAUGAUUUUCUUUCUCAUCUUUUCCUCAUCUCUUCUCAAAGU